UGUUAGGCAACCCUAGUUUGUGCAGGGAGGGCGCUGUGGCAGGGCGUGCAGCAAACAAAAGGCAGGACCCGCCCUCCAGUUGCCCUGCAGUCUGGCCAAUGUUGCCUCGAGCCUUGCUACUACAAGCAUGUGAUACUACUAAUACAUGACAAACAAGAGUGACACAUGUGGUGGUGGCCGGUGGCAAGUCAUUAAAUGAAGGUGAACAAGUACAAGGUGUCAAACCUAUCACUGUACCUGAUAUCACUAGUUUAUAAACCCUAGUGAUGGGCCCCACUACAAAUUGAGUGAUCUACAUGCAAACAUCAAAAAUGGAGGAUGAAGAGUCAGUAUCAGUAAAAUGGGAUCAUCAUCAGCCAGUCCUUCUUCAAGCUAUCAAGGAAAUAUACACAAAGGGAAUCUAUGCAGAUGUCAGACUUGAAUGUGAUGGCCAUGAACAUUGGGUGCACAAGUUUAUUUUAUCAGCCUGUAGUGAAUACUUCCAGGAGGUUCUGGCUGAUGUGCCUCACAGAGGGUCCAUUACUGUUGCUGCGUAUGUGCAACACAAACAGCUCAUGUCUCUUCUUGAUUUCAUGUAUCUUGGGGAAGUCAUUGUACCUCAGGAAGACUUGGCAGAGCUUGUAAAUGCUGCUGAAGUUCUGAUGGUGCGAGGUUUUGCCAUUCCCUGUGAGGAUCUUAAUGAUAAUGAAAACAAUGAACAGUUCAUGCAAGGCAAAGAAAUUUUUAGAUUUACUGAAAACUAUUCAAAUGCUAUACCUGAAAAUAAUAUUGAGAACAAUAUUAGCAAAGAGGCAAACAGUAGUUACAUGUAUGGACCAAAGGUUAACACAAAAAGAAAGAGAACUGACUUAGAUGGACAAGGAAGAUUAAACAAUAAAGAAAAAAAAUAUGAAACCCAACAAUCUUUUCACAAUCAUGAAGACAUGCUAAAUACAUCAAUCAAGGAGGAGCCUCUGGAUCAGGAUGCAUCUAGCAGACUGGAAUAUCAGGGAUCAACCAAUGGCUAUAUGAUGGAGAAAGGAACUACUCCUACUUCAGGUGGUGAAUUAGGAAGAAGUAAACCAUUACCUAACAUGCAGACAGACCAAGCUCCAGAUGCAAAUUGUGGAACAUCAAAUGCCGACAUAAGCAACUUGCUGAAUGUUUUGAUCGACAGUAACCCUGCAGAUAUAAAUGGAAGCUUGAGACCUGCUGGUUACCAAAAGACUGAAGAGUCCAACCAGCCAUGCCAAAAUGUACAGCCAGCAGCAGAAGCAGGGUUUGUGUGUCCACAGUGUAGGAAGGUCUUCCACUGGCGAAGCAAUCUCACCAAGCACAUGAGGACACACACGGGAGAAAAACCAUAUAGUUGUAAUGUUUGUCCAUAUAAAACCAGCUAUAGUGAAGCUCUCAAGAGACAUAUAAGAAUACACACAGGAGAAAAACCAUAUAAAUGUGAGAAGUGUGAUUAUAGAAGUAAAGAUUAUGGUUCACUAAAACAGCACGCAAAGAAACAUUCACAGAUAGAUAUAAAUGAAGUGUCAUAAUAGUUUCAUGAAAUCAUACAUAACAAAUUUACUAAGAAAUUAUGUACAAAUGAUGACAUAGUUGUGCAUGGUAUGUACAAUUUUUAAUAGUGAAAAAGAUGGUGACAUUUAUGAUAUGAAAAUGCAUUAUAUUCCUGUUGUACAUUUAGGAACAUGAUUUAGUACAUUAUAGUACAACAUGUGAAUAUUUAAAAUGAGUGAAGAUUCUGUAUACUGACUAGUUUGCAGUGAGUGAAAGUUUACAUUGAGGAAGUUAAAAUGUUAUGCUGGUAACUUGAAAAGAUGUGUUUUUUUUUUUUUUUAGGACAGUAAAUGUUUAUCUCUUUUCAUGUAUUAGCAUACUUCAGUUUAUUUUUUUCUUUUAAGUAUUUUCUUGAAAGAAAGUUUUAAAACUAUGGCAGUAAAAUCAUAUUCAUUAUUUCUUUCAAAAGUGAAACUGGAAAAGAAAUCAUAACUGAAACAACAUUGUGAGUUGAAAAAGUUGCCAGACAAGUGAUAAACUGCCCCUAAAUUUUGGCACAGAUGUGUUUUUUCUGCUCAGAUAUUUCUCGCCAUUAUCUUUGACAGGAGCAUGGAUCAUUGGUUCUUACUGCAGGUAUUCCUCCUCUGUAACAAACUUAAAUGUGCCGUAAAUUUUGUUUGCAGUGUACCAAGUGUCGCCAAGUUCACUUGUAUUCCAGAUUGCACUGGUGAGGUCAGUCAUUGCAUUGAAUAGAAUAGUCUGCAGCUUUGCAGCUUGUUGAGUUGAGCUCACUGUGUUGUGGGUGUGGUAGUAGUCUUUAGACAGAGGAAUGAGAGAUGGACUCCCAUAUAGAUCCUAUCAUUAUGAAUUUGGUGUUAUCCUGUGUAGUAAUGCUCUUUGAAUUCAUGAUUACUAAGCUUUUUCAGUAUUAUAUAAGUAUUUAAACUCCUUCUGUUGCAUAUUUCAACAUAUGUUAAAUUAUUUUCGAAAGUAGCACUUUCAUUAUUUAACUGGAAAUCAGAGUAUUAUUUUAUUUGAUUUAAUGGUAAUUUAAAAUUUAUGUUCCUUGAAAUUUGUGAAGUAAGGGAAUAGUGCAAUAGUUACCAUGUUGCUGUGUUGUUAGUAUGAAGUGACAUUGCUGAACUGCUGACCCAUAUCCUCCUUAGUUUUAAGUGAACAAGGAGUGGUUCAGUAAGAGUGAACUCAUGUAUAACAGAUUCUGUCAUAGAAUUUGUCUGUCUCCAAAGUCACCCUACAAAUUGAAGAGAGACAUAAGGAUGAUAAAUAACAAAAGUACUCAAGAUCUCAUAUGGGAUUUUUUAAAAUUUUGUAUUGUUAUCAUUAUUUUAUUUUAUUAUUAUUAUUAUUAUUAUUAUUAUUAUUAUUAUUAUUAUUAUUAUUAUUAUUAUUGUUAUUGUUAUUAUUAUUAUUAUUAUUAUUAUUACUAUUAUUAUUAUUAUUAUUUAUAUAUUUAUAUAUUUAUGUAUUUAUUUAUUUAUUAUUUUUUUAUUCAUAUAUUUUUUUAUAUACAUGUAGCACUGGCAGGCAUUGCUGCUGUAACUCUUCCUGAGGCUUAGAUGGUUGGCCUCUUAUACUUGUAGAGGCUCAGUUGGUCAGCCCACACCACUGAUGUUGUUAGCAGAUUUUUAAAGCUAUGCCUUAACAGAGGCUCAUGUGCCCCCACUCUCACCCCAAGAGCUCCCCAAUGCAUUAAUUGUCCCCAAAAUAGAGUUGAUAGGAAGCACAUGAAUAUUCUCUGGGUACUUGGCAAUAGCUUUGCAAUGGGCUAGCUCCCAGCAGGACUUCAACUUGAGUCUCCAUGAUCACUGCAUCUAACUGCUGACCACAAGACCAUCACCUUCCCUGUGAUCAUCUCUUUUUUUGUAAGUAAAUACUUUUAUUUUUGCUAUAAGGCAAUGUAAGAGUUUGGAUAUCUUGUGGUGAGCUUAUUUAAAAAGAUUCAUAGGUUUUGCAAAUACUUACAAGUACAUGGCCCAAGGCAUGUAUGAAUUUGGUAAAGAUAAGGUAUCCUUGUCCUACCAUGGAAGCACAAAAAAAUUUAGUCACAAGCUCCACCACCUGUUUGUCACCACAAAAUUGUAGCCCUGCACACACUUUCUUGAUACUGCAACAGACAUAACUGUUGUAUAUAGGAGUUUACACAGAUUGUGUGUAUUUAGUUCAGUGGAUGGAAUGAAGUGAUUCUGGACAUGGAUUACUACAGGAGCUUAUCCUGUAAUACUAAAAGUGGUGCACUAAGUUAAUUGAUAGAAGGGAAGUACACAACUCACAAUAAUGUAGUAGGUUAUCAUAAAUAUGUGAAUAUUUGUCCACAUUUGGAUAAAAUGGGUGUUAUUAAUAUGUGCACAAAUCGGUGAAUGAAUUGAUAAAUUGACAAGUUAAUGGAGUCUGACCAAAAGAGGCAAAAUGAUCCAUUAUACUCUUUUAUUUUAGAAUAUUAUUCUAUUAAGCCUAAUGCAUAGUGUGAAUUUAAUUAGUUAUAAAGUAUGCUAUAAUUAAUUAUAUGUAAUUUGUUAUGAAUUGGGCUUGUAAUACUGAAAGAAUAACACAACUAUAUAUGUAGGAUAAACAUUUUAAACUACUUCAUUGCAUUGUGUUUUAAUAAGCACAAGUCUUUGUUAUGAGCUAUCCACAUCUGAAGAGAGUGUGUGCACCUGUGCCUGCAUGCAGGCAGGUGGCUUGUUCUAUCCAUUGAACCCUUGUGGCUUCUUGCCAUGUAUUUGUAUUGUUUGCUGCCUCAUGCAUAUAAUAUACCAAAAAUAUAGUUUUAUAAUUACAAAUGUACUGCAUUCUGUGUUUUGGAUAGCAUUACAGAAGAGUUGCUAUUAUUUAUUAUUUGUAACAAACAAAAAUAAAAGUUUAGAUUUGCCAGUGAACCGUGAUGAACAGAGUUUUCAUCCACUGUUGAAGUAUUAACUUUACAUAUGAUGGUUACUCUGCAAAAAAAUCUUGCAUAUUGAGAAUUUGCAUGCAUGGUUUCUACCUUUACUUUAGAUAUCGGAAGUUAUGUUCCAAGAUUCUCUCUCUCUCUCUCUCUCUCUCUCUCUCUCUCUCUCUCUCUCUCUCUCUCUCUCUCUCUCUCUCUCUCUCUCUCUCUCUCUCUCUCUCUCUCUCUCUCU